AUCAAGCUUGUGGGGAGGACCCCAACUUGAGGUAGCUCAACACGUAGUUCACUUAAGGGCUAAGCAGCACGGCUGUCACUCCACGGCAUCUUGCGUGGAUCUUCGCCAUGUUAAAGAAGGCGACCCUACCGUCCGGAAGACAUCGUGGGUGCUACAUACCGAUUUGACCUUCCUUUGCUGGCAGAAUAUGCUCCGUUGCAAUGACGAGCAAUGGGCACAACUGCACAAAUCAACGGAGAUGUUCGAUCUGAUGGCUGACUGGGAGGCCAAGAAAACGGAUCACCACCCUGGAAAGAAGGUAUGGAUCAGUAUCGCUGGUGUCCUUGAUCACGUCGGCAUGAGCGCGAAGGACUACGAGGGUGCACGGAAGCAGUUCAACGACAUCUCCAUGGUGAGUCUCAAACUCAGGGGUGCUGCCAGAGUCCCGAACUCCGCCGUGUGCGCCUGUACAACCUUGCUCAGGUUCGCAUGGUUACGGAAGUUACAUGAUACAGCGUUGCCACCAACGUUAACACGACCACGUGCCAUCGUACUUGAACGAAUUUUGACAUGGACUUGUUCACCCCGCGCGGGCGAAGACUCGAAAAUAACAUAUUCUUCAUGGGGACACUUUGUCGUAAAUGCUGCUGACCUGGACACGUUGGAUAGAGCAGCUUGUCCAACAGACUACUUGGUGACGAGUAGUUUGAACAACCCGAAAUGUGUUGCUGUCAAACCAGGGCAUAAGCCAAACGUGGCACUACUACUCUAGCCGCCACAGGUUGUGAAACAUUGUGCCAUCUGUGUCGGUAAUGAUUUCCGUCUCCAGUCGGACACGUUCCUCCCGUCUAUUGGUUCCCCCUCCGAAUUUCGCGCGUCUCAAUGUUCACUUCCGCCAAUAGAGAACCAUGCCCUCCGCGUGUUGGUGCCACGUGCGACACUACACUAUCCGGACACAACGGCAAUGAGUUGGCCGCGCAACCUCCCGCGGUCGGUCCUGUGAUAUCAAACACACGGGGGGGCGACAGUGUCCAGCCUCAGUAACUCUGGAAUCGCCUAUUGCGCACACGCACAUGUUACGCCACGCUGUGUUGAGCUAUCACAGUCGUUCCACUCCCUCCGGAUAUCGGAUGCAAUGUCGACGUGGUUCACAGUCCCGUGACAAACGUCUGCAGUCCCCAAGGACUUUCGACGUACCAACAGCACCACAUCAACACGGAGGCGUUCGUGAAGGCCCUCGCCGCGGAGACUGGCGUCGAUAACACCACGAGAAACCCACAAAUAUUUCCGGAAGACCAAAUCCUAAGCAAACCUGUUGGAGCCGAAAAAUUGUUUUCAACGAAAGAAAGGUCCCUCGGAGUGUUGGUGGUGUGUAGAGAUGUACAGCCUAAUAGAGUAGUUGUUGAGAAGCACGAUGACCACUAGACUACUAGUCAGCGGCUGACUACCGUAGUAGUCUAGUGGUCAUCGAGCUUCUUGACAGUUGUGUACCGGACAAUCACACUUUCUCGUCCUACUAUGGCCUACCAUGCUCCUACCAGGGAAACGCGUUCUUUGUUGAUGACUCUGGAGGAAGUGCCAAGCACCCCAAACAAGAGUGGAGAAAAAUGAUUGGAUAUCGUCAUUGGUACGACGUUGGAUCGUGCCUACAUAGUGCAGGACAAAAAUCCACUGCGCGAUCAGCGAAAGCUGCCGGAGAACAUCCAAUCAAUGAUGUGGCCCGGAAUGCUUUCAAUGUGGCCCCCAUUGACGAUCAACAAGCGAUGGACGCUAGAGAUAAACGGUGCCUGUAGUCGCAAGGGGUAAUGCAAAAUGGAGCCAGCCAUAAGCCGAGGACUCUUCCACAAACCAACGGGCCCCCAACAUGUUCUACAGUUUUGCUUGACCGCCAAUGGGCACCACGUUGAGCAUAUGGGCUGCCCAUGAGUGCCCUUCGACCGGAACCAGCGUACUCUACACACUAUAUUUUCUGCUUUGGAACGGGCAUUAUCGCGGCUAGGACCCUAACCCUUACCCGAAGCCCACACGGUACAUGCUACGUUGGCGCUGGGUGGCGAGUUCUAGGUUGAUUGUGGCUAAGUUCCAUGUAGGUUGAUAUGCCAGCGGAAAAAUUCUAGGUUGAAGUGCCACGUGGGCACUUCAUGGGCCGCCCAUGGGCCCACCCAUCAAGUGCUUAUGGGCGGCCCAUGGGUGCCCCGUGGGUGUCAUGGGCAGUUUUGUAAAACUGUCACUAGUGUGGGAGAUUGAAACCAACGGGGGAUCACCACUGUGCCCUGCAGUUUCUCUUUCUUGAGGAGAUUUUGCGCGCCAGCCCCCAAAUAACGAAGCGCAGACAACACACGGUAAUUGGCAUCACUGGCACGCUUCAAGCCCAAGCCUUGUAGAUGCCCGGGAAAAAAAUGGAGUUGCGGAGCAGGUCAUUGCUCCCACAGGAUUACCGUUCGUACACCUUGCAUGCGUUCAACGCUCCAUGUACAUAGCAGCAACGCUUGGGCGGUUCAUCAACGAGCAUAGAGGACAGCGUGUAAGCACUUGGAUCGUUCGCAGCCGGCCUUCUGUUGUGCGGGGAACCGAAGAAACGUUGGCCCACGCGACAACGAAUGUGCAGCGCGAACAAACAUGGCAUCUACAACAACUUGGUUGUUGGAGCUCAAACAAUAAGUUCUCAUUUCCAUUCCACAAUGA